AUGUCACUCAUUGUUAUUGGUGUUGUUGGUGUUAUUGAUUCCACCAUUGGAUUCGGUUCCAAUAAAACAGAGUUUAGAAUUAAAGAUUUAAUUGUAUGGUGCAGUAAAAAAUAUCUUAGAUGUCCAAUUGUGAAUGAAUAUAUUCAUUCCACCACCCUACCACCACCACAACCACCACCAUAUUCACAAUUUGCUAGUGCCCGCCUGUUCUCGACCAAUACCAAUCCACCCGCUUCCAAUACCCGUUCCACAUCCCAUAUUCAUAAAUAA